AUGGCAGCAGCCAGGGUAGGUCAAGUCAAGACGAAGUACGAUUAUCGUCUCCUCGAAGUCGGCUCGGGGUCUGGUCAACAUAUCUCCCACUUCGCAAAGGAGUAUCCCCAUGCCGUUUUCCAGCCCAUCGAGAAUAAUAUGCCGCUCUUCUCGAGCAUUGAGGCCUACACCAUCGAGAGUAACGAGCAGUUCGAUCAGACCCUUCGUGACCGCAAUGCUGCUUGA